AUGAAGCAUAGUAGCGAUACACGGGAACAUGCUAUAGCCACGGAUCUGUAUCGAAUAUGGGAAAGUCAGUUGACGACGUCGACAACAGCAUCUUACUGUUCCACACCUAAGGAGGCUCGUGUGCCUGUUGCUCGUCGUAUGUUUAUGUCAUCCAGUAAUAAAAGUGUUCCGCCUACAUCUCUAUCCUCAUCCAUAUCAGCAGUUGAUGUAGUCGCUAUAAAUAAAUGUCGUUGGCAUACAUCUGGUUUACACUUAGCCGCUGCUGAUGAUAUUAGUCGUGUCACUAUAUGCAAUGUUCACGAAAGUCUUUCACAACCAAACACUGAAGAUUGGUCAAUAUUUGCACAUGUGCUAGCUGAUUUUAAACACUAUGAAAUGGAGCCUGAGAUGAUCGAUUCUGAACAUCAACAACAACAACAUUUUUGA